UUUAUAAAUCCAAGCAUUGCUGGACUUGCAGUGACAUAUGCCCUGAACCUCAAUGGACAGUUGUCAGCUAUAACCUGGAACAUUUGCAAUACAGAGAAUAAAAUGAUUUCGGUUGAAAGAAUAAUGCAGUACUCAAGGAUUCCUAGUGAGGCUCCUCUAAUAGUUGAUGAUCACCGGCCCCCAAACAGUUGGCCAAAGGAUGGCACUAUAAAUAUAAGAAACUUGGAGGUUCGAUAUGCAGAGCAUCUUCCAUCUGUUUUGAGAAAUAUAUCAUGUACAAUUCCAGGAAGGAAAAAGGUAGGAAUUGUUGGACGUACUGGCAGUGGAAAGUCAACUUUGAUUCAAGCGCUUUUCCGGAUUGUCGAACCAAGAGUAGGAACAAUUGAAAUUGACAAUGUUGAUCUCAGCAAAAUUGGGUUGCAUGAUUUACGAGGCAUACUUAGCAUCAUCCCACAAGACCCAACCAUGUUUGAGGGCACAGUGAGAGGAAAUCUUGAUCCGCUGAAUGAAUAUUCUGAUCAACACAUAUGGGAGACAUUGGAUAAAUGCCAGCUUGGUGACAUAGUUCGUCAAAGCCCAAAGAAGCUGGACUCAACAGUUGUCGAAAAUGGGGAAAACUGGAGCGUUGGACAAAGGCAGUUGUUUUGCCUGGGAAGGGUUCUACUAAAGCGAAGCAAUGUUCUUGUCCUCGAUGAGGCAACUGCUUCAGUUGACUCAUCAACGGAUGCAAUUAUCCAGCAAACACUCCGCGAGGAGUUUGGGGACUGCACGGUGCUGACAGUGGCACAUAGAAUUCACACGGUUAUCGACAGUGAUCUGAUUCUUGUCUUCAGCGAAGGAAGAAUUAUAGAAUACGACACGCCGUCGAGAUUACUGGAGGACGAAAAGUCUGAAUUCUCCAGGCUCAUAAAGGAGUACUCACGGAGAUCCAAGGGCUUUUAACAGCACCACAAACAAUUGAACAACGGCGGAGCCAACUAGGCGCACAGCAGAACCCAGUAGAAAGACCGCACACACUACACAGUUUCUCUCCAGAUGACUAGUACGCAUGAACCCCACAAAGGUAGAGGUGAUAGGAUCUACAACAGGCGGGGCUAGCUCUUAGAUUUCAGAUGACUCGGAAUAUAUAUUAAGCCAUGUAAUGUACUAGUGCAGUAGUUGAUAUGGAAGCUGCUCUCUGGUGUAAGAAAAAAUAAGUCAGAGAAUGCAGCUAUCCCGUGUAAACUCUAAAAUUUCCUCGGAACAUGUCAUCAUAACUCAUAAGAGAGGAGUCCGCGCGCAA